AUGCCAGAUUUCCCUUUCGAGAACGCUUGGGAACCAGGUGACGACCUACGUUGCUUCCAUUUCUUGGACUUCGUCACCAAUCCAAAAGGAUUUUCGAUAAAAAUUGUGGAACUUCCGCGUCAAUUGCCUCUGAACUGGUCUCAAGUAGCUAUUGCCCUAAAUUUCAAUCCCCCUCCUAUGACUCUCCCCAGGCAAUCCACGCGUAUUUUCCUUUCCGAGCGUCCCAAUGGACCAAUUUCUGACGGGACAUUCAAGCUUGCAACUACUGUGCUUCCCCGCCCUGCUGUAGACCAAGUUGUUGUUCGAGUAGAUUAUAUUUCUCUGGAUCCUGCAAUGAGGUUAUGGCUUGACGAUGCAAGGUCGUAUCUCCCUCCCAUACAGAUUGGAGAGACAAUACGGGCACCAGGAGUUGGAACCGUUGUGCAAGGAAACAGUCAGCUGAAAGAGGCGGAUACUGUCUAUGGUUUCUUGGGCUGGGCGGAGUACAUUAUUGCCCCAGCAAAGGACCUCCGAAAAAUAUCAGACUUCCUCAGUCCUCCAGAAGGUGCAGCCGUGACCGAUUUCCUUGGUCCCCUUGGUUUUAAUGGGAUGUCCGCUUGCUUUGGGCUCUUGAGUGUAGGCAAGAUCAAAGCUGGAGAAACACUCGUCGUGUCUGGUGCUGCUGGCGCGACAGGAUCCCUCGUGUGCCAAAUUGGCAAAAUCAAGGGCGCCCGAGUCAUCGGACUCGCAUCGACAUUAAAGUGCUCUUACCUGGUGAACCAACUCGGAGUCGACGCCGCACUCGACUACACCUCUCCGACAUUUGCAAAAAGAUUUCUGCGAUACUGUCGGGUAUCUUGA